AUGCCGAUAUUGUCUGCCUCUUUGACGACGUUAGAGCUCUUUAAUAUCCCAAGUUUGGUGGGGCUUCCUUUUUCAGUCAAGAAUCUCAACAAACUGGAGAAGUUGAAGAUUUGGUACUGCAUGGGUCUGGAGAGUCUUCCAACUGGAAUAAACCUCAAAUCUCUUGAUACCCUCAGUCUCGUCGGAUGCUCACGGUUGAAGAAUUUUCCUGAUAUUUCAACCAACAUCUCUGAGCUCCAUCUAGACAAAACAGGGAUCGUUGAGGUUCCUUGGUGGAUAGAAAAGUUGUCAAGGCUUAAAUGGCUAGACAUGUCGGAAUGCAUCAAUUUAGAGAUCCUCCCAACGAGAAUUAAUCUCCAAUCUCUCAGUAUACUUGACCUCAGUGGAUGCUUACGUUUGAGAAUUUUUCCUGAUAUUUCAACCAACAUCUCACGGCUAGAUCUCAGCCGAACAGGGAUUAAAGAAGUUCCUUGGUGGAUAGAGAAAUUCUCUCACCUCUAUAGCCUAGAGAUGAAUGGAUGCAACAGUUUACAACGUGUAUUCCUCAACAUUUUUAAACUAAAACAUCUUCAGCGAGUCGACUUUUCACAUUGUUGGGCAUUGGUUGGAGCUGAUUUGACCGGCCUUCCAAGUGGGGUAUAUGCAUAUUUUCCUAAAGUCAAUCUUAAUUUCCUCAACUGCUUCAGUUUGGAUCAAGAAGCUCUAAUACAUCAACACUCAGUUUUCUUCAAGUCCAUGAUCUUGUCAGGUGAAGAAGUGUCUCCAUAUUUCAUUCACCGUACUAAUGGAACAACCUCCUCUUUGAAGAACAUCCCUCUACUUCACACACAUCUCUCUAAACCAUUCUUCAGGUUUAGGGCUUGCGCAGUUGUUACUUUCGACCCUAUGCCUAGAAAUCAUGCCAAUGAAGUAGAAAUCCAUGUCAACUGUCGGUUCAAAGGCAUAUUUGGGAACGUUUUUGAUUCCUUUGGCCAGCCACAUAUGUUCUUCACAACUGACCAUCAAGAUAGUCAUGUCUUUAUACUGGAGUGUCAUAUCCCUCUGAACAAGGACAUUACUCAGCUGAACUUCGAUCAUGUGGAUAUGCAGCUUCAUGUAACGGCUGUCAAUGACUCUAAGUUCAAAGUAAAAGGUUGGGGCAUACGACUCAUCUCUGAGGACUUUUCGUUACCUGAGAACCAACUUUGUAAUCCGAACACUCUUACAGAUGUUUGUGAAGCUGAAGAAGAGAAUAUCGGGUAUACGUCUCUUCAAGGACUUGUUAAUGAGACUGAAGGUGAAGAGUCUGGAGAUAGCAAUGCAGAGACAGAGAGAAGCAGGAAGCGAAUGCGGAUAUACUACAACUUCAUAUAA